UUUAUUUUUAGUGGGGAGUGAGUUCGUUUCAUGUCCGAUAUUAUUUUAGAAUAGGAAGUUGUUGGAGGUGUAUACAAUUUCAUUUUUUUUUAUUGUUAACUGUGUUAUAUGGAUUUUUACGACCGUCCCUUGUGAUGUUUGUUGACGUUCAGCAAAGUCAAUAAAACAAGAUAAGAAGUUUCGUUAGUGUAAAGUGUAUAUAUACAUUGCUCAUUUUAUUAUAUUGUUAUAAGUUCCCUGUCAUAUUUUAAAUCGAAGCCACUAGGGAUUCAUCUCGUGAUGUGUAAAGAAAGAAUUGCAAUCAUGAAGAACAUGUAAGUGUCCUAGUUAUGGAAUCAGAAGAAGCUCUUAAUUACUAUAUUAACGAAGUUAAAGAUACUAACAAUGAGAUAGAAAUCGAGGAAGAACAAGUCCCUAAUGAAGCUGAACAAGCUGCUGAUUUUUUACAAAAAGUUGGUUUAUCCGACUUGACGAAAUUAUAUAACCAAGGAAAAGAAAUAACAGAAAAUGUCAUUAGUGAUUCCGUGAGGCAGAAACAUUUGACUGAGAGACAAGCCGAAACUGUUAGAUCUAGAAUCCGGACUUUAAAUAAAACACUACACAGUAGACAACCAAGGCGAAAACAAAGACAAGAUAUUCGAGACGUAGCGUGGAAUGUUGAAACAUCGAGUACCGGUACAAGAUCUAGAAGUGCUACACCAGAUUCAUUAGACUCGGUCGGAAUCUUAAAUGAUGAUCUAACUUCAGACGAAGACCAACAGUCGUCUUUACCUCCUUUCCCACUUGAAUCUAGUCAUCCAGUAUUUAAAGCAAAAGUUAAAUGGACGUCCAGUGAACCUCUCCAAAACAAAAAAUUUAGCCGUGAUAAAGGAGAUGUGGCCCAUCUUGGUUCUGAAAAUGUUAUUUUGAAAGGUUACCAACCCUUGAACGAGUAUUCCACUCUCCCGAGACCCCAAAGAGAAAGAAGCGGAAGCGAUCCAACAACAGAAGUGCAUCUCCAACCCUUGAAAAAUCGAAACAAUUACGAAUGCAAACCGCUCAAUCUACACAACGAAUUUUCCCGUAGCCAAAACAAUUGCAGUAAAGUGUACAUAAACGGCGACGAAAAUGAAAUUCUUAGUUUCGAGGGUUUGAUGAAACAAAACAAAGUCAAUCAAUUGACGUCCAAAAAUUUUGAUUUGUGUGAUGAAGGUGUGGACAUUGACGAAUUCACUGAUAGUGAAUACCAGUACUUAAAACCUCUACUUUACGUAGAGUUAGUCGCCAUAUUUGAUCAAUACAAAAUAGUUUUUUUGAAGCGAAAGGCCAGUACUAAGUACAAAGGUGGAAACGUCUUUGGUGUUAACUUGUCGACUUUAGUAAUGCGUGACAUGCAAAGACCGACUGAUAACCUAAUGGUGCCUAAAAUUUUCCAAAGUGUCGUCAAUCAACUCAAUACUCGCUGUGUUUGUGAAGAUGGAAUUUUAAGACUGGCAGGCCAGAAACAAAAACUCGAGUUUUUAUGCAACGAAAUUGAAUCGAAAUUUUUUACAAAUAGGUUUGAGGUUGAAACUCUACUCCAGCAAGCAACAGUGCACGAACUGACCGGAGUUUUGAAGAAACUCCUCCGGGAUUUGCCCGAUCCUGUAUUCACCAUGGAACUAUUUGACAUGUUUUACAAAACGAGCAUGAUUCCAAAUAGUGAAGACAAGUUAAAAGCUUUAAACCUUCUCGUACUCCUCCUCCCGAUCGAGCACCGCAACACUUACAAAUUACUUUUGCAAUUUCUUUUGAAUGUAGUCAAGCAUGAAAAGCAGAACAGGAUGAAUUUACACAACGUCGCGAUGAUUACAGCUCCGUCGUUUUUUCCUGCAAGACUUCUACUUCCGAAAGACAAUAACAGUAAACUGAUUAUGAAGCAAUUGUCGCAGGAAGAAUUAGCCAAACAUAUAAACGGGGCUGCGGUUUGUUGCGUCAUUAUGGAGACUAUGUUACGUGCAGGAUUAAAAUUGUGGCUAAUUCCGAGUUACUUAGCUCGGCAAGCUAAAGAAGCACAAAAAAGAGCGCAAGACAAAAAGGACAAUAGUAGAGAUAGAGACAAAAGAAUUGUAUGUUGUAUUAUUGACAUCAUAUUAUGUGGGUUUGGUAUGGGAAAUAGAGCCAUGCGGUAAAACAAAGUUGGUUAGAAGCAGCACACAAUACGAGCCGGGGCCUAUCAACUCGCCAAGGAUCAAAAAGGAUUUGUUCAUAUAGACCCAAGGAUCGAAUUAUAUAACAUAUUCCUCAAUAACGUACCUUAUCAAUCCCUUAAUAUCUAGUAAUAUAUUUAAUACUUGGUUUACAAUUCUCUGUGCCAAAAUAAAUUUUAAUUUUUUAUUUUGA